ACUACAUAAAUCUAGAUAUUUUUUUAAUACUUUUUAAAUAAACAACUUGUUGCAUAAGUACUCCAUUUUGAUAAAAAUUUCGUAAAAAUGUUAUUAUCAUGCUAAUUUGCAAGUGAUAAAAUUCUUAAUAUAUAUUAUACAUUGAUGUUUAUUAAAGUUAAUUUUUCCACAACUUCUAAAAUAUCAUAUACUUUAUCCACAUUAAAAAAUAUUCAAAAAUCUGUUGUGAUGUCUAAAUUUGAUCUUCCUGAUCGUUUAAAGGGCAAUGAAAAAUCAGUAUGGGUAGAAUAUAUUCAAUUGGCUUUAAAAUAUAAACCUUUAGUAAAUUUAGGACAAGGAUUUCCUGAUUUUCAUGCUCCAGAAAAUGUAACAAAAGCUUUAGCUGCUUCAGCUACAAGUGAAAAUCCUCUUUUGAAUCAAUAUACCAGAGGAUUUGGUCAUCCACGUUUAGUAAAUGUUGUUGCAAAAUUAUAUUCUAAACUAUUAAACCGUACUUUAGAUCCAAAUAAUGAAAUUCUUAUAACUGUUGGUGCUUAUGAAGCAUUAUAUGCUGCAUUACAAGGUCAUACUAAUCCUGGUGAUGAGUGGAUAAUUAUUGAACCUUUUUUUGACUGUUAUGUACCUAUAGUUAAGUGUGCUGGAGGAAUUCCAAGAUUUAUUGCUUUAAAACCGAAACGCACAAAUGGACCUCUUUCUUCUGCAGAUUGGAUAUUUGAUAAAGAAGAAUUAGAAAGUCUUUUCAAUGAAAAAACAAAAGGAAUAAUUGUUAACACUCCACACAAUCCUUUGGGAAAAGUUUUUACAUUAGAUGAAUUACAAUUCAUUGCUAAUUUGGCUAAAAAAUGGAAUACUCUUGUUGUAGCAGAUGAAGUGUAUGAAUGGCUUGUUUAUGAACCAUAUAAACAUAUUAGAAUUGCAACAUUACCUGAUAUGUAUGAGCGUACAAUUACAAUUGGAUCUGCUGGUAAAACAUUCAGUGUCACUGGAUGGAAAUUAGGAUGGGCUUAUGGUCCAGCAAAUUUAUUAUAUAAUUUACAAAUUGUUCAUCAAAAUAGUAUAUACACGUGUAAUACACCAAUUCAAGAGGCUGUAGCUAUUGGAUUCGAACAAGAAUUAGAAAGAUUCGAUCAACCUGAUUGUUAUUUUGUUAGUUUAGCUAAAGAAUUAAUAUCAAAACGAGAUUAUAUGGCUAAAUUUCUUAGCGAUGUAGGAAUGUCUCCAACAAUUCCCGAAGGUGGAUACUUUAUGAUAGCUAAUUGGACAGCUUUACAAGACAAAGUUAAUUUAGAAGAAGAAACGGAUGAGAAUAAAGAUUAUCGUUUUACAAAAUGGAUGACGAAAAACGUUGGUAUUCAAGGAAUUCCGCCAUCCGCUUUUUACAGUUCCGAACAUAAAUAUUUAGGUGAAGAUAAUGUGCGAUACUGUUUUAUAAAAAAAGAUGAAAAUUUGAAGAAAGCAGCUGAAAUUUUAAUGAAAUGGAAAUCUCAAAAAUAGUGUGAAUAGUACUUCUAUUCAUUUUCUUUUGUUUCUUUUUUGGGAUAGAAAACAAUUUUAAUUAGUAAUCAUUACUACAAUUUCAUACCAUAUAUAUCUAAGAUUUUAUUAAAAUUGUUUGUUCAAUUUUAUUAUCAAAUACAAUACAUAACUUUACAUAAGUUUACAUCACGAAUAAAAUUAGUAAAACCAUUGUUAUUUUUUUAUCGUACUAUUAAAUAUUUGUUAUUUAGAAUUAUCUCAUUUAUUAUAUAUCAUAUUUUAUGGAGAGAAAUCAGCACGAAGCCAUCUUUUUGCAUCUUUAGUGUCAGCACCAAAAGUUUUACCAAAUCUAAAUAUAACAUUUAAUAUUUAUAAAUAAAAGGGAAUUUUGAAGCAUA